GCCGCAGGAGGGCUGCGCCUGGCGGGGCUGCGGAAGUUUGCCGGUGCCGGGCGAGUGGCGGCUGCCGAGGCCCCGGGCUCCCCGCAAUCACCCCGACCUCCCUCACCCCCAUCGCCGCGGCGCAGCCGGCGGCCAUCGCACCCGAGCGGGAGAUCCUGGGCGGGAGACGGAACCCCGCGAUUCGCCAACAUGGACCUGGAGACCAGAGUGAAGAAGCACCCUGGGCUGAGUUCAGCUGGCUCACUGCAUCUGCAGGCACCUUGGGACAGACGGUCUAGAGGAGCCUCAGCUGCGAUGUUUCAUCUGUUCCAUGGGAUCUGUCAUCCUCCAGGAGGCUGAGCUGGGCUACUUCAAAUGGUAGCAGCAGGGUUCCAAGAAAGUAGUUAGAAGCAAAAAGGUCUCCUGAGGUCCAAGCGUAGAGUACACAUAACACUACUUCCAUCAAUCCAUUGGCAGCCCAAAUUCACAAGAUGGGCUUAGGUCAUGAGCAAGGAUUUGGAGCCCCCUGUUUAAAAUGCAAAGAAAAAUGUGAAGGAUUUGAACUGCACUUCUGGAGAAAAAUAUGUCGUAACUGCAAGUGUGGUGAAGAAGAACAUGAUAUCCUACUGAGCAAUGAAGAGGAUCGAAAAGUGGGGAAACUUUUUGAAGACACCAAGUACACCACCCUGAUUGCAAAGCUAAAAUCAGAUGGAAUUCCCAUGUAUAAACGCAACGUUAUGAUACUGACCAAUCCAGUUGCUGCCAAGAAGAAUGUCUCCAUCAAUACAGUUACCUACGAGUGGGCUCCUCCUGUUCAGAAUCAGGCAUUGGCCAGGCAGUACAUGCAGAUGCUGCCCAAGGAGAAGCAGCCAGUGGCGGGCUCGGAGGGGGCGCAGUACCGGAAGAAGCAGCUGGCAAAGCAGCUCCCUGCACACGACCAGGACCCUUCAAAGUGCCAUGAGUUGUCUCCCAAAGAGGUAAAGGAGAUGGAGCAGUUUGUGAAGAAAUACAAGAGCGAGGCUCUGGGAGUAGGAGAUGUCAAACUUCCCCGUGAGAUGAAUGCUCAAGACUCCGGCAGAGUGUGCAUCCCUGGCGGAGACAGAAGCACCGUGGCAUCAGUGGGGACCAUGAAGGACAAAUCGGCAGAGCACAGAACUCAGUAUUCCUGCUACUGCUGCAAACUGAGCAUGAAGGAAGGUGACCCAGCCAUCUAUGCUGAAAGGGCUGGUUACGAUAAACUGUGGCACCCAGCUUGUUUUGUCUGCAGUACCUGCCAUGAACUCCUGGUCGACAUGAUUUAUUUCUGGAAGAAUGGGAAGCUAUACUGUGGCAGACAUUACUGUGACAGUGAGAAACCCCGAUGUGCUGGCUGUGAUGAGCUGAUCUUUAGCAAUGAGUACACCCAGGCAGAAAACCAGAACUGGCAUCUGAAACACUUCUGCUGCUUUGACUGUGACAACAUCCUCGCUGGGGAAAUCUACGUGAUGGUCAACGACAAGCCCGUGUGCAAGCCUUGCUACGUGAAGAACCACGCUGUGGUAUGUCAAGGAUGCCACAAUGCCAUUGAUCCCGAAGUGCAGCGGGUGACCUAUAACAAUUUCAGCUGGCAUGCCUCCACAGAGUGCUUUCUGUGCUCCUGCUGCAGCAAGUGUCUCAUUGGGCAGAAGUUCAUGCCGGUGGAAGGGAUGGUUUUCUGUUCAGUGGAGUGCAAGAAGAUGAUGUAUUAAGAGGAGAGCACCACGCAAUAUUGAGCCACAGCUAUCCAAAGUGGUCUGCAUUCCUACUGUAAAUGCAAUUUAGAAAAAUAAAUGGAAAAAAAAGAAACUUUUAUAAAGGAAACCAGAAGAUUUUAAGUAUUUCUCUUUGCUGUUUUUCUCUCACCUUUUUUAUCAUCUCAACAUUUAAAACCUACUUUAGCAUUUAAUUUUAAAAUGGUAAAGAAUGUUAUCUUUUUAGCUUUCUAGAUGUAAAAUCUUUGAGUUGGAAGUUUGGGUUUAUAUCUUUAUAUCUCUAUUCCCCUUGUGCCAAAUAGUAUAUCUGAAACAAUUAAAAGGUAGUGUGCUGAAUGGAGAGAUGAUCAUUUCUUGUUCUAUAUUCUUGUUUCCCUCUAAUGUAAAAUGAAAAAUAUUAAACUUUCCCUAAUGCCAAAGCUCUACAUUUAUUACCUCAUCAUAUUCACUGAACUUUGUAGUGAUGCACAGUGAAUUCUUUUGACAGAGGAAAUAGAAAUGCAACAUAGUAUGGGGAGCUGUUAUCAUUUUAAUGUCGAGGCAUUCACUAUUUUCUAAUUUAGGCAGAGGUAGCUUCAUUGCAUUUCUUAUAAAAAAAUUGUUCCCUACCUCUUAGUAGUCUCUUUGUAAGCUGGUGACCUCCAUAUGUGGCCUUUAAUAUUUUAUUGUCACAUGUGGCAUCCCACUUUUUACUUUAGAUGAUGUUUGGCUUGGACUUAAAAUCCAUGCCACAUAUUUAUAUAUUAUUUUUUCAAUCCAAAGAACAUAUAUACUUUUUAUACCCAAGAAAGUAUAAUUUGUACUGACUGCACUUACUCACCAUGAUUUGGAUAUAUUUUUGCAUGGUUUUUAUUUUUUUCUAAUGGAUACUGUCCUGUGAUGCUACUAAGCCUAUGUAUCGAAAGCCUUCUUCACCCAUAUACUUCAUUCCAUAGGUAUCCUAAAUGUUUAUUUUCCUUGUAUACUUACAUAUACUAUGCACUAUGAAAAAUAAAUAAAAUUAAUGAUAUGUAUAUUAUUCAAAAUAAAAUUUCUUUAAUAAU